GUUGUCAUAAGAUCGUGAUAUUUCACACGUUUCAGAGUCAUUGUGUGUGUCUUCUCAGUCGACCUCGUUUGACGAAGAUUAUCAGAUACUACGUUUUCUUUCCUCCGGAAGUGCUGUAAUAAAGUCGAGCAUUCGUUGAAUAAAUAUUUAUUACCAACGAGGGAAUCUGAAAAAUGCGUGAAAUUGUGCAUCUGCAGGCGGGCCAAUGUGGCAAUCAGAUCGGGGCGAAGUUUUGGGAAGUUAUUUCGGACGAGCAUGGAAUUGACCCAACGGGAUGCUACCACGGUGACUCGGACCUCCAAUUGGAGAGAAUAAACGUAUACUACAACGAGGCAACUGGCGGAAAAUACGUGCCGAGAGCAAUUCUGGUUGAUCUAGAGCCCGGUACUAUGGAUGCUGUACGCUCGGGACCAUUUGGACAGAUAUUUCGUCCUGAUAACUUUGUAUUUGGCCAGAGUGGAGCGGGAAAUAACUGGGCCAAAGGCCAUUACACCGAGGGCGCUGAACUCGUGGAUUCGGUACUCGACGUUGUGCGAAAAGAGGCGGAGAGUUGCGACUGCCUGCAGGGCUUCCAAUUGACCCACUCCCUUGGUGGUGGCACUGGGGCGGGAAUGGGUACCCUACUCAUUUCUAAAAUUAGGGAGGAGUAUCCGGACCGAAUUAUGAUGACUUUCAGCGUUGUACCUUCUCCAAAGGUAUCCGACACUGUCGUUGAGCCCUACAACUGCACCCUCUCGGUCCACCAGCUAGUCGAAAACACCGACGAGUCUUACUGCAUUGAUAACGAGGCCCUGUACGACAUCUGCUUCCGCACCCUGAAGCUGACAACCCCGACAUACGGUGACCUGAAUCACUUGGUCUCCGCAACCCUCAGUGGAGUGACAACGUGCCUCAGAUUUCCCGGACAACUUAAUGCAGACCUGCGAAAGCUCGCUGUCAAUAUGGUGCCCUUCCCGCGUCUCCAUUUCUUCAUUCCUGGAUUCGCUCCAUUAACAUCACGUGGGUCACAGCAGUACAGAGCUCUGACUGUCCCAGAAUUGACCCAGCAAAUGUUUGACGCCAAGAACAUGAUGGCUGCCUGCGAUCCCAGACACGGAAAGUACCUGACAGUCGCUGCUGUUUUUCGUGGACGUAUGUCCAUGAAAGAAGUUGACGAACAAAUGCUCAAUAUUCAGAAUAAAAAUUCAACAUAUUUUGUUGAAUGGAUACCGAGCAAUGUAAAGACAGCAGUCUGUGACAUACCACCGAGGGGUCUCAAAAUGUCAGCCACAUUCAUUGGCAAUUCAACGGCUAUUCAGGAGCUAUUCAAAAGGGUCUCUGAACAGUUCACUGCCAUGUUCAGGAGAAAGGCCUUUCUGCACUGGUACACGGGGGAAGGAAUGGAUGAGAUGGAAUUUACCGAGGCGGAGAGCAAUAUGAAUGAUCUUGUAUCUGAGUAUCAACAAUACCAGGAAGCGGCUGCUGACGAGGAGGGAGAGUUCGACGAAGAGGAAGAGGGCGAGGGCGAUAAUUAAAUUUUUCCAUCAUUGAACUGAAAAAUUUUACAAUUUUUUUCUUCAAUUCAAAAGAGAUUUUUGCGAUUUUUGGAUUAUGUAAUAUGUGUCUACAAUGGAACUAGAAGAAUUCUGCAGUAGUUUUCUUCAAUUUGCAGAGAAUAAUCUUGUGAUUUUUUUUUUUCGAUUAGAAUUGAAAAAUUUUCUGUUUCAUUUCCCAUUAGAAAAAAAAUCUCCACAAUAUUUUUCUCACACAAGAUGAAACCUUCUGCAAUUUCUUCUCCAUUCUUCCUCCCUUGACACCCUCGUGAUAUUGAAAUAUGUAUUAAUUAGACUGAUUGACAUUUGAUUUUGUUCAAAAAAUUCAAGUCGCAAUUCAAAUAAAAUCACGUUAAU